AGGGGAAGCAGCAGCGGCAGGAGUGAGAGUGACGGGGGGCACAUGGUGGAGAGAAUGAAUGCUCAGGCGCACCCCCAGGGGGGGUUAGUGGCCACGCACACGCAGACACAGCCGCCUCAGUUACCUGCGUUCAUGCAGCGACUUGCACAACAUGGGCGGUAGCAGUGGCAGCAGCAGCAGCAGCAGGGGCGGCGGCAGUGGCGGCAGCAGCAGCAGUAGCAUUAGCUGCAGCAGUAGCAGCAGCAGCAGUGGCAGCGGUAGCAGUAGCGGCAGCACCAGCAGCAGUAGCAGCAGCCGCAGCAGCAGCUGCAGCAGAGGCAGGAGCAUGGGCAGGAGUGGGAGUGAUGGGGGAAACAUGGUGGAACGAUUGAAUGCGCAGGCGCACACCCAGGGAGGCUUGGUGGCCACGCACACGCAGACACAGCUGCCUCAGUUACCUGCGUUCAUGCAACGACUUGCCUCACAUGGCCGUUAGGAGUGGCAGCAGUAGGAAGGUUGUUGUGAUAGAUGCAAACACUCGCACGCGGACACAGCCGCAUAAAUUACCUGUGUUCAUGCAGAAUUUUGUGCCACAUGGCCGUCAGGAGUAACAGUACCAGCAGCAGCAGUCGCAGUGGGAGCGGCAGUGGGAAUGGGAGUGGAAAUGAUGGGGGCCACACGAUGGGAAUGAUGGGGGCCACAUGGUGGGAAUGAUGGGGGCCACAUGGUGGGAAGAGUGAAUGUGGCACACCCCAAGAGGGCUUGGUAGCCGCACAGAUGCAGACGGGUGCCGCCGAUGCCUGUGUUCAUGCAGAAACUUGCGCCUGGUGGUCCAUAUGGGCGUUAGGGGGAUGGCAGCAACAGCAGUAGGAAGGUUGUUCUAAACAGAGAUACAAACACCAGAUGCAGACCAUGAAAUUGAACAGAAAUGUAUUGCUUGAAACAUACCGUAUUCCCCCGUAUAAAGCACCCUAUGGUGUUAAUAAAAAUGCAUGAAAUUU